AUGCCGGGGCUGCUGAGAGGCGAGCAUAAUGCCGACCGCGAGCUCCGAAGGCUGCCACGCCCACGGCUGCGACUGCCACAGGCACAGUCACAUUGGCCGGGGCAGUAUGGACAGACCCUUCGUCGUUUGCCACCACACAGCAGCGACGGCGGCUGCUGGCCACCGCACGACGAGGUUGUCGACGGCUGGGCUGGGUCUCUUGCCGCGGCCGCUCUUUUUGGAGCGACUCGUGCCAUAGCGUCCGGGCACCAGCAACGAAAGCGACAAUGGUUGCAGCAGUCACUUCCUGCUGAGCUGUCUGUUGGCCAUCACAUCGCGCUUCACCCCGAGCCUGGUCCAACGCUACAGCUCGCCCACCGCCGCCACCGACUACCUUCUCGGCUUAGUCCAGGCGCAAGCCCUGACGCAGAUGUGCACCGUCGCUCGAGCGGACGCAGGCCUUACUCGUCCUGUCCAUUGCGGAAUGGGUGCUAUCGACAUGGCCGUCGCCCUCAACCUGGCGUUGUUGCUGUGCCUGCACAAGAGGAGACCUAUGCCUCAAUGGACUCAGCCACGACAUCGGCUAUCCCUGUAGCCAUUCCUCAGUCUCAGAGCACGACGACUACGACCACCGCCACGAUGACGACGACAACUGAGGCGACAUCACGGCCACAAACGGCGCCACCCGAGCCUGUACUCUGGCAGAUUGUCACCCGCCCCGUCGAGUCUGGAAGACACGACGACACGCCUGCCCUGCAACGAAACCGACUUUUCCUUUGGCACGGUCCCUUCCUUCCGCGCCACCCUCAAAGGCACACCACCCGCCGAUGA